AUGAUUCCGCAGCUUAGGCUCGAUGAUCCUGAGUCUGCAAGGGGGUUAGAAGAUGUGGCUCAGUAUUUGAAGAAAGCUAGACGCGUGGUGUUCAUCACGGGCGCAGGCGUAAGCUGUAAUGCCGGCAUUCCAGACUUCCGCUCCGAAGAUGGCCUUUACAAUAUCGUAAAAAGACAAUAUCCUGAGGCUGUGGUUAAAGGAAAGGAUCUAUUCGAUAGCAUUCUGUUUCGUGAUCCUUUGACGGUACAGAUUUUCCAUACAUUCAUGGCCGGACUUCGAAAGUCCAUACUGGACGCCCACCCAACCCCCACACAUCACCUCAUCAAGCGGCUCCGCGAGAAAAAGAAACUUCUGCGCUGCUAUACACAGAACAUCGAUGGCUUGGAAAAGCAGGUUGGACUCAGUUUGGGCUACACGGAGCCACAGUCACUAGAAGUUGUCCAACUGCAUGGCGAUAUACAUCUGCUCAAGUGUCCCAACUGCAUGAUUGAACGGGACUGGACCAAAGAGGAUGAGGAAUUGUUGGCAAGCGGCAAGGCCCCAAUAUGCUCCGAGUGUUUGCACGCUGAAAAUGCUCGAGCUGCUUGUGGGAAAAGAUCUCGUCCAGUCGGGCUUCUUCGGCCUAAUAUUGUGCUCUACGGCGAAGAGCAUCCAUAUGGUGAUAUUAUUGGUAAAUGCUUGGCGAGAGACAUAAAAUCAGCCCCCGAUCUACUCAUUGUUGCUGGGACGUCCCUCAAAGUUGUGGGUAUUCGUCAUCUGGUUAAAGACCUGGCAAAGGCAGUGCGGAACAAAGGAGGUAAAGUGUUGUUCGUUAAUCGAACACCCGUGAGCGGAAGUAUGUGGAAGGGAACCAUUGACUAUCAUCUCGAAUGCGAUACUGAUGCCUGGGUUUCCGAUCUUAAAGAGCGUAUUCCAUUGUUCUUCAUGAACCAAUCCAAAAUCAAAGUCAAGCAGGAAAAACGCUUGCUGGAUCCCCAGACCCCUGAAAAGCCGCCCAAAAAGCAAACCCUUGCCAAUUACUACCCUGUGUCUCCUAAAAUAGAGCCGGACUUGCUGGAUUCAAGUCCCCAAGGUUUCAAGGUUUUCCAGGUCAACCCCCAAAGAGCCGCACCAAUCGAUUAUGAUCUAAUGGCCAAAGAAAUUCUGCUUUCACCCAGCCCUACGUUCUCCUUGGACAUCAAAUAG